AUGGCUGCCGCUAACGAUCAGCUUGCUCAACCAUCCUUGCCACUGGAAAUCGUGGCUCACAAUGCCACCGUGAUCAUAAGCGGUGUGCUUUUGGGGGCCCUGCUUGCGUUCGUUACUUCUCACCUGGGCUGGCUGCGCCACCAUCUCGGCUUGAACGAUCGGUUGGUCAACACAAUCUUCCCACUGGGAACACGAUUCUUCUUCUUUACAUUUCCUUUGUGGAUUAUUAUGACAAUACAACCUGCUCUGCGCAUUUCUGCGUUUAUAAGAGAACAAGUUCCUCUGUUUUGUCAGUCAAUGAUGCCCAAUCUAUUCCCACCGGAGGACAAUGUCAUUUUCGAGAGCAAGAAUCCGGCUCAAAUGACCACACCCACUGGUUGA